GCAGCCUGAGAAGGAGAAGGAGAAGCCACCAGAUCCUUCGAAAUCGAGAAAGCCGAUGAAUACCAAGAGGAUGCUCAGUGCUGGGCUGCAGGUUGAUUCUGUGUUGAAGACCAAGACUGGGAAUCUCAGGGAGUUCUUCAAUUUGGAGGAGAAGCUAGGGCAUGGCCAGUUUGGGACCACUUUUCUGUGCACUGAGAAGAAAAGUGGGCUGAAAUAUGCCUGCAAAUCUAUUGCCAAGAGGAAGCUGUUGACUAAGGAGGAUGUGGAUGAUGUGAGGAGAGAAAUCGAGAUCAUGCAUCACUUGGCCGGGCAUCCCAAUGUUGUCUCGAUUAAAGGGUCUUACGAGGAUGCUGUGGCAGUCCACGUCGUGAUGGAGCUGUGUGCAGGUGGCGAGCUGUUCGAUAGGAUCGUUAAGAGAGGCCAUUACUCCGAGCGCCAGGCUGCUGGGCUCACCAGGACGAUCGUUGGUGUAGUCGAGUCCUGCCACUCUUUGGGCGUCAUGCAUAGGGACCUUAAGCCCGAGAACUUCCUCUUUGUCGGUGAGGAAGAGGACUCCCCUCUCAAAACUAUUGAUUUUGGAUUGUCGACGUUCUUCAAACCAGGGGAUGUGUUCAAUGAUGUUGUCGGGAGUCCCUAUUACGUUGCACCAGAAGUUUUGCUCAAGAAUUAUGGUCAAGAGGCUGAUAUCUGGAGUGCAGGUGUGAUCGUUUACAUUCUUCUUAGUGGCGUUCCUCCAUUCUGGGGAGAAACCGAGCAAGAAAUAUUUGAUGAGGUGUUGCAUGCUGAUAUUGAUUUCAAGUCAGAGCCGUGGCCUCAUAUUUCUGACAGUGCUAAAGAUUUAGUGACAAAAAUGCUUGUCAGAGAGCCUAACAAACGGCUAACUGGUCAUGAAGUUCUGUGCCAUCCUUGGGUGCAGGUUGAAGGGGUGGCUCCAGAUAAGCCUCUCGAUUCAGCAGUCUUAACUCGCUUAACGCAGUUUUCUGCAAUGAACAAGCUCAAGAAAAUGGCUCUCAGGGUUAUUGCAGAGAGGCUGUCUGAAGAGGAAAUCGCGGGGCUAAAAGAAAUGUUCAAAAUGAUAGAUAUAGAUGGGAGUGGGAACAUCACAUUUGAAGAACUGAAGGUGGGACUAAAGAGAUUCGGUGCAGAUCUGAACGAGUCUGAGAUACACGAUCUGAUGAGGGCCGCAGAUGUGGAUAACAGUGGCACAAUUGACUAUGGGGAGUUCAUAGCUGCCAUGUUGCAUAUCAAUAAGAUCACAAAAGAAGACCAUUUGUUCGCUGCAUUUUCGUAUUUCGAUAAAGAUGGGAGCGGGUAUAUCACUGCAGAUGAACUCCAAAAGGCGUGUGAUGAGUUCGGGAUAAAAGAUACUCGUUUGGAAGAAAUGAUUCAGGAAGCUGAUCAAGACAAUGAUGGUCGGAUUGAUUACAGUGAAUUUGUGUCCAUGAUGCAACGAGGAACUACAACCAUGCGUUUAUAACAUCAUCACAGAUCGAGCCCCGAAGAAUGAAGAUAUAACGAGACAGCUAGCUAUUGCGCGAUCUACUCGACUCCCCCUACAAGUCUGCAAAAAAUCACAGGCGGCUAGCAUGAUAAUACUGCACUGGUUCUUGGCGAAUUUCGUAAUCUGUUGCAAAUGGCAUGAUAUGAUGAUGAUCAAUUUCUAGUGAAAAGGAUGUUUGAGGCAUUGCAGAUUUGCAGGCAGUUUUGGUUUUAAUGUAAA